AUGAAGCGGCGUACGGAAGACGAAUCUUCUCCGGAAGACGAAUCUUCUCCAGAAGACGAAUCUUCUCCGGAAGACGAACCUUCUACGGAAGACGAAUACGACUCUUCUUCCGAAGACGAACCUUAUAUAGAUCGUCUUGAUUUUUAUCAAGAAAGUACAGGAUUACUGGAGGCGGUUCAAACAGGCACAGGUCAACUAAAUGGUAUUCCUGUAGCAAUAGGUAUUAUGGAUUUUCAGUUUCUGGGGGGUAGUAUGGGAUCCGUAGUGGGUGAGAAAAUAACUCGGUUGAUCGAAUAUGCUACCAAUCAACUUUUACCUCUUAUUAUAGUAUGUGCGUCCGGAGGAGCGCGUAUGCAAGAAGGAAGUUUGAGCUUAAUGCAAAUGGCUAAAAUAUCUUCUACUUUAUAUAAUUAUCAAAUCAAUCAAAAGUUACUCUAUGUAGCGAUACUUACAUCGCCUACUACUGGUGGGGUAACAGCUAGUUUUGGGAUGUUGGGGGAUAUCAUUAUUGCCGAACCAAAAGCUUACCUUGCAUUUGCGGGUAAAAGAGUAAUUGAACAAACAUUGAAUAAGGAAGUGCCUGAAGGUUCCCAAUCGGUUGAAGUUUUUUUCGAAAAAGGCUUAUUGGAUGCAAUCGUAUCACGUGAUUCUUUAAAGGACUUUUUAAGUGAGUUAUGUUAA